GAGCCAAAGUUGCCGGCGUCGCCGAAGUGUCAGAGCUUCGACUACGAGGUGGGGGAAAGAGAGGGAGGGGUCUUGGCUUCGGAGACGAGGUCCGAUGCGAAGGUGCGACGGAAUGGCGUUUGAUCAAGAGCAGUGUGUGUUAGAGAUCAAGCUGUUCAAAUCGAAUGUCACGAAGACUCAUGUAUCUCGCAACAGGAUGUUGGAGCCUUUGCCACCCGGUAUUCCCAUGUCCACGCCGAUUAUUGUCGCACCCCUAGCCGCGCAAGUCCGUCCACACUUCGUGUCUGGUCUUCCCGCAUUGGAACAGAACAUGCUGCGACUUGGAUCGAGGAUCGCCAUCCUAUUUCGAGUCGUCAUCUCAGGUGGAUGAGGAGAUCGACAGCCAUGGUGGCCCGGGCCACGGACCUUUGGAACGAAGAAGGCUCGCCUGCGUCGUCGACGGGACCCUGAUUCAUUGGCCGACGCUGGGAAGAGGUCCGUGGCAACGUGUGAGAACAUG